GCUCUUUUCUGUGCUCUGAACUGUAGUUUGUGGGGAUGGUUACGUGGGCACAAAAGCAGAAUUAUGGUGAAGAAAGCAUGUUGUACAGUUUAUAUGUCUUUCAAACGUUUUUCCCCUCAAUGCGUCAAAACACUACGCACCUGCUGGUAGAUUCCGUGUAUAAGAGAGAUCAGACAGUAUUUGUCUUUCUCUGUCUGACUUGUUUCACUUAGCUUAAUGCCCUCAAGUUCCAUCCAUGUUGUCACAAAUGGGAACUCGCCAUCAGGCCAUCGGCGUGUGUUGAGAGGCAGUCAAGCAGCAGGAAGAGGUACCGUGGAGCCUGGACUGACUGAUUUGUGGUUUCCAGACCUGCAGAGCUUGGUCUCAAGAAGAAAGAGAAGAAGGAAGAAAUCUACUGCAGUAUUGGAAGCAGGAAAAUUACUUAAAUUAGAGUGGUGGCAUGGAAUGAAGAGGGACAGAUUAAGAGUGACACCUUUUCAGGUUCAAACAGGUGAUGGAUCGUUGGAUGGAGCAGGGUUCUGCCUCAUUGGAGCACUCACCCAGUGUUGCUGAACUGCCGUUGGGUUGGGUUGCUUUAACUCAGGCAUUAAAAGGAGACAGCACAGACGCCCCCCCACCGGACCAGGACCAGUGAAGCGGCUUCGCCCCUUGCUUUGGACCUCGGGCCUCACUUCUCCUCCAGAUGGAUCCCAAGUGCUCCUGCCCCACUGGCGGCUCCUGCAGCUGUGCUGGCUCCUGCACCUGCAAAGCCUGCAGAUGCACCUCCUGCAAGAAGAGCUGCUGCUCCUGCUGCCCCGUGGGCUGUGCCAAGUGUGCCCAGGGCUGCAUCUGCAAAGGGGCCUCGGACAAGUGCAGCUGCUGUGCCUGAUGUCGUGGAGAGCCUGCCCCGGGUGUCAACAGAGCAACCAGGACGAUCCUGCAUUUUACCAUUUUUCAUACAACCGGACCUGACGCUACCUUCCUUUUUCUAUCAAAUAUGU